GGGCGAGUUCAUUUCAUGUGUUGGUCGUAAAGACGCAGGACUCGGCACCUCUAGCGCGCCAACGCAGUCUCGCUCGCCUGCGCAGAAUAAUGGUGGGGCCGUACACUUCACGUCGGUCGCCCGUACUUUCCCUGGGUGGCGGAGCUAGUACAGACGAUCCACUUGCCACCGCUGCAGCCAUCGAGGUGCUGACCCGCGGUGGCAACGCAGCCGAUGCGGCAGUGGCAGCUGCGGCCGCGCUCCAGGUGAUCAAGCCGUACGCGACAGGCAUCGGAGGUGACUGCUUCGCCCUCUUCUACGACGCCAACACGCGUACUGUGCGCUGCAUCGACGGAAGUGGUCCGAGCCCCGCAGCCCUGACCCGGGAGCGGUUUGCGGCAGGGGCUGACUCUGGCAUGGAGGCUACAGUUCCUGGUGCCGUCAAGGGAUGGUUCGACACCCUACGUCAUUGCGGCAGCGGACGGGUGUCCAUGAGCGAGGUCCUGGCACCAGCUGUUCGUCUCGCUCGUGAUGGUUUCCCGGUGGGCGUGGUGAACGCGGCCCAAUGGGCCACCUACGAGUCCAAGUUGGGCUCCCUGGUUGGGGGAGGCCACUUUUUACCUGUGCCCCAGGCGGGACAACUGCUGCGCAACGAGCCACUCGCCGACGUCCUAGAGCGACUGGGCCAAGAAGGCCCGGAUGCCUUCUAUAAGGGUCCCGUGGCCGAAGCAGUAGCUGCGGCCGUUAAAAGUGCGGGAGGCGUCCUGGAAGCAGCUGAUCUCCUCCGACACUUCGCCGAGGGUGGCGAUGGCCUGGUCCUUCCUGUGAGCACGACGUAUCGCGGUACCCGGGUGCACACGGUGCCGUUUCCCAGCCAUGGCAGCGUGCUCCUCGAAGCACUCAACAUACUCGAGCCGUUCGAGCUGCGCGGUAUGGAGCAGGGCACGUACGCGCACCUUUUUGUCGAGGCUCUGCGACUGGCGUUCGCGGACGGACUCGCAUGGGUGGCUCACGAGGGACCGGCGCGGGAUGGCAGAAUGGCUUCCAAGGAGCACGCCAAGAACCGCCGCGUGGACGUCGAGCGCGCCCUGCAUUGGAGUGAAGUGGACUGGCCAUGUGCUCCGGAGCAGUCGCACACAGUCUUUCUGGUAGCAGCCGACGAGCGAGGAAACGCCUGCUCCUUCAUCAACAGCAACUUCCUGGGCUUCGGAUGCGCAAUUGUCGAGCAGUACGGAUUCAGUGUCCAUUGCCGUGGCCGCGGGUUCAGCACCGUGGCGGGUCACCCGAACUGUGCGGGCCCCUCAAAGAAGCCCUACCACACACUGAUGCCCGUGCUUGUGACGGACGACGCAAGCGGUGACUGGUUAGCCGCACUGGGCACCAUGGGCGGAUACACGCAGCCACAGGUCGACCUGCAGAUCUUCCUCGCCAUGCUAGAAGGCGGCCUCGAUCCACAGUCGGCGCUGGAUGCACCCAGGCUGUACAUCGGCGAUGCCAGAACCUUAAGGGUGGAUGACCCAUUAUAUCUGGAAGAAGGGUUUCCUGAGGAAGUAGCCGAAAGUCUCCGCCGCAGAGGUCAUCGCAUCGAGCCGCACUUUCUGAGUUCCUCUCCUGGAAGCAGCAGAAGCAUGGCGCACAUCGUCACACGUGGCAGCUGGUGGGACCGGGUUAGUAGGAGGUCAGUGUACGAUGGCCCACCCAUACUGUGGUUCGGCUGCGAGCCCCGGAGCGACGGCAUUGCAGCCGCGGCACCGCAUCAGGACAAGCACUGAAGACCUUGGAAUGCACGUGAAAGCUUGACCUCAAGCGAGCCAUUGCAGUCACGGCCACAUUUGCUGCAGAGCUUAAUGCACGUACGAAUGGUAUCGGUAUACCGUGAGGUAGCUAAUUGUACCGUCGGCAACACGGCGUGGCUGAAGACAACGAACACACUCAACCCAUACCGCACAAGAACAGCUUUAUUUCAGUGAGUGUCGUAUUUAUAUAUGUCAGAGGUGGCGCUACCUCCUGAUAACAGUUGAACAUAACUACUGAGCGGUUAUUGCAACCGCUCAGUAGAACAAAACUGGAAGCUGUUUUCGGAUAAUAUGCAAGAAUUAACUGACAAGUAUGUUCCAAUGGUAACUAUUCAAAGCAAACAGUCAGCGCCAUCGUUCUCUAACUCAAUUAAAAAAAUAAGUAGAAAGAAAAGAUUGUUUAGGAAAUCAAUGGCCAGAAAUGAUCAACUCACGUGGCAAGCAUACCAUAGUGCAGUAAAAAAGCUUUCAAGAACUAUUCUCGCUGCUAAACGAACCUUCUUCGAGAUAACACCAACAAAUAUGUUAACAAAAUAACCCCAAGCAAUUUUGGAAGGCCGUCAACCUAUCUCCACCAAUCAAGAUAACAGUCUAUGAUGACAAGAACGCUGAACUAACCGAUAGUGGCACUGCUAACACAGUGAACAAGGCGUUUUCUUCAGUGUUCACAACAGAAGCAGAUAUGAACCCCUCCCUCUCCUCACAUCCAGUAAUUUCAGAACCGUUGCCCCCGAUUUUAAUCACGCCCAGCGGAAUUCUUCACAUGAAUGAAAAUAUGAAACUAUCCUCCGCCACCGGACCGGACGAAAUGAUCUCCAAAAUCUUGAAAAAUGGUAAAUUUCCUGUUAGUGCCAUUUUGCCUUGCUUUUCGCUCAAUCCUUGUCAUCUAGCUGUGUUCCCAUCAAAUGGAAACAAGGAAAGAUUAUUCCCACAUAUAAAAGUGGUAACAAAUCAUCACCUUUGAACUUUCGCCCCAUCCCAAUUACUUACGUUCCAUCAAAAAUUAUGAAACACAUAAUUUUAACAAAUAUCAUAAACCACCUUGAGCGCAAUAACUUCAUUUCCAUCGCACAGCACGGGUUUCGUAAAGGGCUAUCGUGCGAAACACAACUUGCCGCCUUCACACGUUAAUCUCGACAGCAAUAUUCAAACAGAUGUAAUUUUUCUCGAUUUCUAAAAAGCGUUCAACAAGGUACCCCAUCGCCGUCAAAUGUACAAACCGGCAUGGCUAAAUCUAGAUUCAUUUGCAGUCAACUGAAUAGAAAACUUCCUCAGAACAAGAAAGCAAUUUGUCGUAGUAAAUGCCACGAAAUCUAACACAACCCCUGUUCUUUCCGGCGUGCCACAAGGUACGGUACUUGGUCCACUGCUGAUUUUUAUUUAUAUCAAUGGUCUGACUGCCGACAUUACUAACAACAUACGUCUCUUUGCAGAUGAUUUUGUGCUGUAUGCCAAAAUUACUUGUAACCAAGACAACUUACGUUGCAAUCCAAUUUAACUAAUAUUGAAAACGGUGUAAAAGUUGGCAAAUGUCAUUAAACGGUUCCAAGUGCAAA